GUCGCCAACGACGCCAGCGCCUUCAGGGUCUCGUCCAGAGGGAUCACCGUCGACUCCCGCAACAUCAGGAAAGAAAUCAGAGAAGGCCGCGUCAGGCAAGGCUGAUCCAGCUGCAGCUCAUCGUGCCAAGAAGAAAGCGGAGGACUUCAGUCUGCUUGAAGAUAUGAAGGCGAACUUGAUCAUGGUGGAAAAUCGGAUUGGCGAGUAUCAGGAAAAAAUGCAUCAUUUUGUCAAAAAGACAUUGAAGGGCUCUACGUUGGAUGAGCUCAGGCAGAUGUUCGCAAUCUUGUACAAGCACGAAUCGUGUACCCUCAGCUUGGUGAAAGUGGACACUGCGGACGUUCGAUAUCAGUUGGGCAUGGAAAUUAAAUGUAAAGCUACACCUCUUCCUGUUGAAGUUUCAUCUUCAUCUAGCUCUACAGCUUCUCCACCUCGUCCUGUUGUUGUCAACAGGCUUUCAAGACCUGAUGUGAGUCUCCUGAAUGACAGUGAUUUCAACUGGAUGUGUCAGGAGUAUUGCAAAGCAACGUGGCUGUUGACAGCCGACGAAGGGCAGCAGAGUCCGUUCCACUGCCACUGGGUUGCACUGGGCCAGAAAAUGACUGAAACGCAAAAUUAUAUUAUGAAGAAGUGUGGAUCGCAUUUUCAGUGAAGAUUUGUUUUAUUUUUUUGCAACGAACUAUAACUAUGAUCUUAUCAAUUAUGUUCUUGUUGAAACAAGAGUAAAAACAAGUAAAAUUAAGCAUGAUCUUCAUUCCAUAUUAACACGUGCUUGCUAGUUCUUACAACCUCCUCUAAAACAAACGACCUCUCCUCUCGUACCUCCAAGCGUGAAUAUCGCACCCGCCGAUGCGUGUUGUUUCCGAGAAUCGAUCGAGAAGAAGGGGAUGCCAAUCGAUUUCCCGGUCUCAAAUUCGAGAAAGACGAAAACAGGCAUGCCAUCGGUCCUGACUUCCCGGAAUUUGUGCGCAGAUUCAGAGGUAUUUAAUAAAUAUAUUUAUAAGCUGCUAAAAGAAGUAGAAUAGAAUAUAUUAGAGAACGGAAUUAGGAGGGACUUGGAUCGAUCGGAUGGAAGAAAGUAGGAUGACUUGGAUCGAUCGGAUGGAAGAAAGUAGGAUGACUUGGAUCGAUCGGAUGGAAGAAAGUAGGAUGGACUUGGAUCGAUCGGAUGGACCCCCUUAGUAAAUCUUCCGAUCCUACUUGAGGCGCUGGAAGAAGUAUAAGUAGUAAAUCUUCCGAUCCUACUUGAGGUGCUCCUGGAAGAAGUAUAAGUAAGGCCUCACGUAAUCCAUCUUUCAGUUCAUCUGUAAGCUGUUUUCAAAUAGGAAAAUGGCCUGAGAUGAGCGAAAAGAUGGAUUGUAGUGAGUUCUAAUAAUAUAAGUAGCUACAAAUUACUGCAGCUAGCAGCUACACGACAGUCAUGACUGCUGUUAAUCACGAUCACGUUUCUCUGUCAAAGUUCCAUAUAAUUUACAUGUGGAAAGUAAAUCAAACGUUCGCAUCUCCAUAAUAGUAAUCUUUAUCUUCUAUGCCCUAGGUAACAUCAAACGAGGCAGUGAGGAGGAUGACAAGUUUAUCAAGGAGCAUAAUGGGUCGGGACUGAAGUUUAACCCAGCGCCUCGAAAGCCCAGUGUACAGCUGAGAGGUGUGCAACAAUUAAGGCUUGAGAAAAUCCAUCUUGUUCUUGUUCCCCAACACUGUCUUCUCUUAGUUUUGAUGAGAAAACGGGACUUUCUUGUUCCUCAACUACACUCCCCUCGUCCCGUUCUCAGUUGUAGUAAGUAGUAAGCUCUAAAACAGCUGGACGCUGAGUCUGAGGUAAAGAGUGACGAGAAUUUACUGCGUGUGUACUACGUGAACCGCCAUGCGGUGAUCGGUUGGGACUCGGCACAGCCAGCAGACGUUAGACAUGUCCACACUCCGGGAAAGCGAAGUACAAGGGCACUCUUCGGAAUCUUUCUGCCGCUUUGCUUGCUCCUGUGCACGCUGCUGGCUGCUACGAGGACCCUAGUCAAUGUCGUGGAAAGGAGAUUUUUCAGACUGCAGACUGUACGAGGAGAACAGUAACUAAGAGGACUAUGUAUAUCUUCUGCUUCUGCCUAAACCCCAGAGUCACUUGGAGUUGUGUCACCACUGACUUGAUGAAGGUGCUGGAGCGGAUAGAUGGUGCUGCUAUGCGACGGGAGUUCGAAUGUAGUAGCGGAUAGAUGGUGCUCCAAUGCGACGGGAGUACGAAUGUAGUAAAGCUCUUGUUGAUUUCAACAGAAUCGUGGUAGUACGGCUCCUGAUUUACUGAUGGAGGGGGCACAGCUUGUCGUGUCGUCACGUGCAACCGCAGCUCUCCGGAUCUUUCAUGCAAAAACGACAGUUGUGAAGAUGAGUAUCAUGAAGAUCCUCAUUUUAUAGUCUAAAAUUUUGCAGCAUAGUUUUCUUUUCAUUGUAAGACUAAGAAGUCUUAUUUGUGCUAGGUGCCUCAUCCAAGAACUUACUUCCGACAAGUCUCUCGGUUGUAGUAGUUUCUAAAAAAAUUUUUACAUUAAUAUCAUUGAAGAUUAGAUAGAUAAGCAUGUUGAUUGAAUUUGAAAUUACUUAUGAAGUAGUGAAGCCACAUUAUCUUUGUUCUCUUGAAUGAUCCGUUGCACAGAUGCCUCAACUUCUUGACUUGAUGGAACUUCCGAUGUUGAACGAAUAUUACACAUAGAAGAUACUUGUAUCAUCUUCCUAUUUCUUUAUACAAUCCAGCAUUUGUUCGAAAAUGCCAUUAACAUAAUUUUUAUAGGCAAUUUACUCCUGGUCGCCAUGCUGGAUCUACUAAAUGUUCUUUGCAAUCGAUGAUAUAUUGGCGCAGUACUUUCACAUGAUGUACUAGUUUCUAAGACGAGGAGAUGGAACGAUGGAAGGAUAAAGAGGUACUAGGAAAAUUAUCGUAGGUGGGACGAGUUGUUAUCUUGUAUUCGGGCAAUCACGUGUCUGACGUAGCGCUAGUUGGUGUACAGGUGGUUCGGGUGUUUUUUGUUUCGUUUCAAAUACCCUUUGAGUCCAUGACGGCGGGAAAAUGCACAGUGCAUAAUAUCUUCUACUCGACGGCCUUUGUCGUGGUCUGUUUUCACACCUUCAUAAUUCCAUUGAUAUUCAUGACGUAAAACUACUGGGGAUUGCUUCUAUCUUGCAUAUCUCGCGAACCGCUGUGGUCCACGCUGGCCCGCGUCCGUGCGACUGAGCUUCGAGUCCAUGUCCAUGCUGCAGGAAAAAGAUUGUAGUUGUACUCCAUUUGGUUUCCAUUCCUCUGUCACCGCUGCUGGUCGUGCGUCGAUCUUUCAUCCUGGAAAAUAUGUGGGUCAUACUAAUUUUUUAAUAUACCGCCCGCCAUGCGCUCCCACCAUCGCCGGGCAGCAUCCUGGAAAAUACGUGGGUCGUACUAAUUUCCUAUUAGUAUACCGCCCGCCAUAA